AUGGAAGAGGUCUCUUCAGAUGAAGACAUUGUUGAUCUAGAACCAACAGAGAAAGAAAUAGUGUGUAAUACUUAUAUAGGGAUGAGCACUCCACCAUUAUCUUCUACUGCCCCAUCCAGUCUUUCAGAUAACGAAGACAGGACAUCACAGCGUAGUAAUGGAGCUGCUAGCAGCCGUACUUCGCUGCCUCAGGAAGGGGAGAAAAUCAUCAAAGAUGAUGUUAAGGACUCUUGUGCUGAGGAAGGAGAGAUGGCCAGUCCCAAAGAACCAGUGGAUAUCAUGGGAGAGAUGGAACUUGAGCCAGUGUCUGAUGAAGAUUCACCUCUGGACAAUCUCAGCAUUGAUGAGUCAUCUGAUGGGGAGAAAGAAGAAGGUGAAGAGAAAGAUUCAGAUAAAGAUGAUGAUAAAUCUUCACAUAAAUCUUCACAAGUUGUCAAGGUGGAAACCCCUUCUAAGAUCAGCGACGUUGUAACUAAAGAUGAUGAUGAGGCUUCCGAUGAAGGAGAGAUCAAAAGUGAUUCUGAUGAUUCCGCAAAAGCCACAGAGGACAAAGAAAGAAUGUCUGGUCGAAAACCAAUUGAGCUGGUUGAUUUUGGAGAAGCUGAAAAGAGAGCAAGAGGGGGCAGAUCUUUCUAUCCAGAAGCUCAGCCUGACAGGGCACGGCCUACUAGAGGGAUAGUGGUUCCAAGCCAUCCACCUGUUCCUUAUAGGGGAGGCUACACUGCAUGGCCACAGACUGAGUAUUAUUCUUCUGGAAUUCGCUAUUCGCUUUCUCACGAGGCGGUUUCUUCAUCACGUCUGAGAUCCCCCAUGGCUGCAGUGUAUGAUGGAGGUGAAUCAGAAACGAGUUCACAGAGUAGAUCGUCGGUUCGACUCAGGGAUGAUGUUCCCCCACCUUAUCCUAUUGAUGGUGUUAAACGAAAACAUCGCUCGCCAGCCUCAGAUCAAGGGUCAUCCUCAUUGUACAAAACGUUGUCUGCUCCUUCGCCAGUGUCAUCUGCGUCGUCAUCACGCUCUCGCUCUUCUUCUUCUGCAAGAUCACGAUCUCAGUCUGGGUCACGGUCCAGUUCUUCAUCAUCUUCAUUUUCAUCAUCUCGGUCAUCUCAAAGGAAGAAACGUUUAAAAAGAAAGAAAAGAACUAAGCGCAGAAGUACGGAUACUGAGAAAACAUCUUCGCUGAAAUCACAGACUUCCACUAGCAAAUUGUCAGGUCCAGAGAGAAUUGUCUCACCUGUGAAUUUCUCAGAAAUUCCUUCCCUGCCCAUAGGAAUUCAGUCUAGGGAGAGACUCCUUUCAUCAGGUCAUGAAUCUAUUUCCUCAGAUGAAUUACCAUACUUUCCAGAUGAAGAACCUCCAAAACCUUCACCAAAAGCCACCAUCAAUAAGUCACCAGGCAAAAACUCGCCAUCUUCAUCAAACAUAUCAUCUAAAUCAGCUCAGUCAAAUAGAAAAAAGAAGAGAGAAUCCAUUUCUUCUAGUGAACUGAUUUAUUCUCCAUCUAGGUUAAAAUCACCAGCACCUUCAUCUGCAACAUCUAAAGGUGAUGAGGAUGAUAACAUGUCUAUAGAAUGCCCACCAAUGUCACCUGGAAGAAGCUCUAUCUCAUCAGAUGAGCUGCCUGAUUAUCCUGUUGAAGAUUCGGAUCCAGCUUUCUUAAAACAAUUUUCUCCACAUCAGCCUCCUCUUCCUUCAGACCUUCCACCUCUUCCAGAAGACACAGAUGGGUUUCAGCCUCCUUUGCCUCAAGAUUCACCUCCAAUGUUUUUGGAUAUCCAACCUCCACCACCUCCUCCUCCUCCUCCUCCAGUAGAUGAGGAUGAUUCCAGAAUACAGCCCCCAGAAAUUGAAGAGGGUGAAAUUAGUGACUCAGAAAAGAUCCUGGUACCUCCAGAAUUUGAAGAAGGUGAAAUAGAAGACACAGUGGACUUAGACCAUUCACAUAUUUCACAAAGGGCAUUUGCAGAUCCCAGAGUUAAAUUCCAACCUCCUUUAAAACACCAGGAUUUGUUACCUAAUGUAUUAGUUGUGUCACCAUUCUCUACACAAUCAUCACCUGCUGAUUUACAGCUUCCUUUGAAACCAUGGCUGCCUAUUUGCACAGUAGCAGGAGUACAUCCUCCAGACACACAUUCCCAGAGCUGGUCAUCACAGAAAAGCACAUCACCAGCUUCACAGCAAUAUCCAUCUGUUCAAACCUGCAGUAAAGUGGCCAUUCAAGAACACAAGCUGGGCCUUAUUGAAUCUGAAGGUGCGCACCAUACAGUUAUUUCAGAUUGUACCCAUUUGCAGAAAGGAGAGAAAAACACAUCUGUGAUGGACACAAGUCAGUCUGGUACAAUAGUUUUGUCAGCAGAAGACUUUAGGGGUGAUAAUUUCGAAUUGAACUCAACAUCAUGUUCAGAAGCAAUAGGUACAAAAGCUUUGAAUUCAAAAAUUGACAGCUUGAAAACUUUUAAAACCAUCACUACAGAGAGUGUUAUUAGUCCUGUGACAGAUUUAAAUCAAGAAGCAGAUGGAAAUAAAGAUGAAACAAUCAUGUCAGAUAGUGUUAUUGUGCCAGUGACAAAUUUACAAGGGACACUUAGGGGAAAUGAAGAAGUUGAAAUGAUCAUUUCAGACUGUAUAAUUGAGCCGGUGACAGAUUUACAUCACAAAGUUGAGGAAAGUGAAGAUGUUAAAACGGUCAUUUCAGAUACUCUUAUUGUGACAGAUUUACAACAGAGAGUUGAGGAAAAGAAAGAUGUUGAAAUGAUCAUUUUGGAUAAUGAUAUUGAGCCGGUGACAGAUUUACAUCACAAAGCAGAGGGAAGUGAAGAUGUUAAAACGGUCAUUUCAGAUACUCUUAUUGUCACAGAUUUACAACAGAGAGUUGAGGAAAAGAAAGAUGUUGAAAUGAUCAUUUCAGAUAAUGAUAUUGAGCCGGUGACAGAUUUACAUCACAAAGUUGAGGGAAGUGAAGACGUUAAAACGGUCAUUUCAGAUACUCUAAUUGUGACAGAUUUACAACAUAGAGUUGAGGAAAAGAAAGAUGUUGAAAUGAUCAUUUCAGAUAAUGAUAUUGAGCCGGUGACAGAUUUACAUCCCAAAGCAGAGGGAAGUGAAGAUGUUAAAACAGUCAUUUUGGAUAAUGAUAUUGAGCUGGUGACAGAUUUACCCCACAAAGUUGAGCGAAAUAGAGAUUAUGAAUCAGUCAUUUUAGAGAAUGUUAUUGUGCCCGCUUCAGAUUUUCAUCAUAGAGUAGAUGGAAGUAAAGAUGUUGAAAGCCUAAUGUCAGAGGAUGUCAUUGUUGAUGCAACAGAUUUACAUACGAGAGUAGAAGGAAGUAAAGAUGUUCAGACAGUUAUUUCAGAGCAUAUUGUUUCCAAGACAGAUUUACAUCAGAAAGUUAAAGAAAGUAAAGCUAUUAAAAAAAUUAUUUCAGAGGAUGUUCUGGAACCUGUGACAGAUUUACAUCAUGUUGUUGAGGGAAGUAACAUCAUUGUAAACAGUUUGGAUGCAAGUCUGGAAAAGACACAGAUUACUGGAAGUGCUUUACCUAUUUCAGAUUUUGAAGAGAAAAUUGAGAAUAAUAAAACUAUACGGCAUUCAGGUUCAGAAAUUGAAACUAAGGGUAUAGAGUAUUCAGGGCUACAGACGUCUGAAGACUUGAUGAUAACUGUGUCCAAGUCGCUAUCCUUGAAAAUAAAUAAGGCAGUUGACAAUGGUAAGUCACUGGAUGGGCCAGAUCAACAAUGUGAGGAUCAAAAUAAGCCUCAGUUUAAGUCACAUAGCAUUCCUAGCAGUGAAGCUGGUAUGGUAAGCUCCAAUUUGGCAGUGAAAAUAAAGGGCUUGGAAAAUGAUGUUUCUAAGUUAUGUUCUGGGACAAAACUCGAGGGCAUGACAAAUCCAGUAUUACAGUCAAGAGCAGACACAACAAACAUUAAGGGCAAAACAGAUGCUGUCUUACAGUCAAAUUCAGAUAAAACAGUCAUUGAAGAUAUACAAGAUUCUGUCUUAUCAAACUCAGGCUUAAAUAUUAACGAGAGAAAUGUUGCUGUCUUACAGUCAAUUUCAGACAGAAAAAUUGAAGACAUGAAAGAUGGUAUCUCACAGUCACAGCCCGAGUUAACAGUUAGACCAAAUGAAAGUCUUUCACCACAAGAAACUUCAGAAACUAGCAUCAAGGACAAUGAAUCCAUAGUACCCCCCUCAAGUUCUGAAGUGAGCAUGGAUGGCUUGCAUGUUUUGACACCUCUGUCUGAGUCAGAGGUGAAAAACAAAGACAUAGACAGAGUAGUAACACAAUCAUAUUUAGAGUUUAGAGAUGAAGACUUUCAAAAGUCUGUGUCACAAAGUAUUUCAGAAGUGGAAAGUGAUAUCUCUGUUUUAGUACAGUCCAGUGUUUGUGUAGAAAUGGAGAAUACAAAAAGUGCAAUUAUUUCACAGCCAGGCUCCUGCCUUACGUUAGUGGACAAUGAAAGAUUAUCAGAUUCUGCAUGUGUUUCUGAAGAACAUCCUGUUAAUGCAGCAGAAACAAUAGACACAUCAAAACAGCCAUCCCUUAGCACUACAAAAAUAGUAGAGACGUCAAAACAGUCAUUACUAAUUAUUGUUGAACAAAGCACCCAUGUUUUAGAAGUCAUGUCACAUGCAGUAGCUGAGGGAAAAUCAGAGGUUUCAUCAGAGCCUUCAUUGCUAUGUGAAGAGGUUGUUAUUAGACCUGAAGGUGAUAAAGACGGCAGUGCACCCAUGUCUUCAGAACUGUCUCUAGUAUAUGAAGAGAUUGUUAGUAGAACUGAAGAUCAUGAAGAUGGCAGUGCACCCAUAUCUUCAGAAUUGUCUGUAGUAUAUGAAGAGGUUGCUAGUAGACCUGAGCUGAAAGAACAUUUAGUAAGUACUCUUAGUUUAGAAUCCACCAUUGUGCCAGAAAAAAGCAUCCAGCCACAGACAAUAUCCUCUUUACAAGGGGGUCACAGUGAAGAGUAUUCAUUAGACUCAUCAAUCCUGAUAAAACCAGACAUAAAAUCAUCUCUUCUAGCACAGCCAUUGACAAUUAACACUGAAUCAGUGCAUUUAAACACAGGACAGUCUGUACAGUCACAUACACUGAAGUUUAUUUCUUCAAAGAUUAGUUCAUGUGAUAAAAUGUAUUCCAGCAAAGACACUAGUGCAGUCACUGAUAAAUCCAACUCUGUGCCUCCUUCUGAGUUUAGUGUUGCACCCAGCACUGCAGAUUCCCAUAAAGUAGAAGAUUCUUCACUCCGCCCUGAAUGUGGUGCUGUGUCAUCAACUGUGUUGGUUUCUGAUCAAACACUGAAUAACACAGAAAUUAAGCCAGUACAUGUUAUGCACGAUAGCAUCCAAGAAAACAGCUCUGCAAUAACUUCCCCGCUUCCUGGAAGGAAUUUUACAGAAGAAACAGAACAGUUUAGUGGUUUUCAAAGUGUUGCUCAGUCAUCAUCAUCUGAAAUUGUUUCUGAUCAGACACUUAUUAGCACAUAUGUUAAGCCACUGCAUAUUGCAAAGGAUGCCAUCCAAGAAAAACAUGCUUCAGCAACUUCCCCUUUUCCUAAAAAUAAUGUAUUGGAAGGAAUAGAACAGAGCAGUUCUCAAAAUACUACUCAGUCGUUAUCAUCUGAAUUGACUUCUGAUCAGACACUAAAAAGCCUACAUGCCAAUAUAGUACAUAUUAUAUGUGAUAACAUCCAAGAAACAUCUGAGAAGAGUGCAGGAGAACCAACAGGAUCAGAUACAGAAACUAAGCAGUCAGUACUACUUUCUGAAGAGCCCACUUCUCUGUCAGAAUCAUCUCAGGCAAAUAAUUCUGCCAUUAAAGACCAAAACAGUUCUACACCAUCAUCAGCUCCUUUGAAGACAGACAUGUUAGCUACAUCACACUCUGAACGAGCUACAAUGGCCACCCUAGAACCCAAAUUAGAACAGUCAAAGGAAUCUGUUUAUUCACCACAAGCAUCAGCUUUGCCGUCUCCAGGCCAACGAUCAGUAUCAUCUGAAGAGACCUAUGAAACACCUGCUGCAUGCUCAAAAACCAGAAGUAAAAGGCGUAUGCCAGAAGACUCUGGUAACUCCUCAGACACGAGCGCUGCUUCUAAUGAGAGUUUUCCUAAGCGAAGAAGAAGAGGGAUCGCAGGUGAAAGUGACAAAUUAGUUGUAACCCCAGCUAGCGCACCAACAUCCCGACCUGGAACCAGAUUGCAAAUUCAGCAGCAGCAAGAGCUGGCAAAACCCCAGACAAGAGGUAGAUCAAACUCACUUCCUUCUAACCGAGCUGCCAAACGCAAGCAAGACAAUGAUGAAAGUCCACCAACAAGAAAGCAAAAGAGAUAA